AUGGAGAACGGCAUCUUCGGACUGCCGACUUCAGAACGACGACAUAAGAGCUUUGAAGACGAGAAGACUGGUUUCUCGUACAGCGACGGGAUGAUGACAGGGUUGUGUGAUGCUGCAAGGCUUGGUAAAAGAAUCAUUCUUCCCAAUACUUUUAUCGGUGGACCUAGAUAUGCAGGAUAUCCUAGCUAUUUUAUCACUAUGACCUAUAACCCUGAAUGGGAUGAGAUAAAAAAAGAAGUGACUCCCAUUAGAUUGAAGGCAAAAGACCGCCCUGAUAUAUUGUGUCGAGUUUUUAAAAUCAAGCUUGAUGAUGACAUAGACAAACAUAUAACAUCUGAGAUUCCUGAUGAAAAUGAAAAUCCAAAUCUAUAUGGAGCUAUUCAAAAUUACAUGGUACAUGGUCCAUGUGGUCCGUAUAACAAAAAUUCACCUUGCAUGAAGAAUGAAUCAUGUUCAAAGUUUUAUCACAAAGAGUUUAGGCAGCAAACACUCAUUGAUGAACCCACGCUGGACAUCGUUGAACAGGGCAACAACCAUCUGAUGGCUAUCAUUCCUGGAGAGGAAAAAUUAUAUCUUAGUUCGGAUUCAAUUUGUAUGGAUGAAGGGAAUAUGGAGAGUCAACUAGAUCUCAAUGGUCUUGAAUUACUGAAUAGCAUAAAUUGCUCUGGUUUGCCUCCACAUAAAUUAAUAUUCCAAGUUGGUGUUCCGGUGAUAUUAUUGUGGAAUAUUGACCAGUCCAGUGAACUUUAUAAUGGUACAAAACUACAACUUAGGAAGCUUAAAAAUUAUGUCAUAGAAUAUGAAGUCUUAACGGGUAACAACAAUAGUCAUAUUGCUUUGAUUCCAAUAAUGAAUAUGGUAUCAACAAAUAAAAUCAUCCCAGUUAGAUUUCAACGAAGACAGUUUCCUAUAAUAGUAUCAUUUGCCAUGACAAUUAAUAAGUCUCAGGGACAAACUUUAUCUCAUGUUGGAUUAUACUUGCCGAAACCAGUUUUUACACAUGGCCAACUAUAUGUGGCACUUUCAAUGCAAGAGUUAAGAUCAAGAGAGAUUUAA